GUAGUCUAGAUGAUGAUAGUGUUAUAGAUUACAUAAAAUUAUAAAUAUAAUUUGUGAUAGUUUUCCAAAAAGUGAUAAUGAAACUGCUGCACUACGUGACGUCACUCCGUCGUCGAUCUAUAUCACUAUAAUAAUAAUAAAAUAUCCGUCACAAUAAUAUAAUACUUUCAUCGGCUAUAUAACAAAUUAUUUAAUAUUGGUUUUCAAAUUUUGAAUUCUUCAAUUUUUGCUAUUAUUUCAGCUUUACGGCGGUGCGGCCCCCGACAACAACCAGAUCGUUGUUGUGGCGGCGUGGCACGACGACCUGUGAUCGGUACAGUACAUCGUCCUAUGCGGUUCGAUAUCCGCCGGCGAUUUUAACCGUUUGAUUUGCGUCCGUCGACUCGACGGUGAAAUGGCUUAUGACGAUAACAAUUUCGUCCGAAGCAUAUUCUGCCCGCACGUGGCCGUUUUGUGUUCGGAUAAGGCGCAGGAGAUGUGUCGGAAAAAUAAUCUCAGCUUUUGCGAAUUGCUCAAUCCAUUUGCACGGUUAGAUGACGUUAGUUUCAAAGACCCAAGUGGCAGUACGAUAACUGUUGCUCAUUUACGAAUAGCAUUUUCCAAUAUGAAUAGCCCACCAUUGCCUGUAACCAAAGAGAGGAGUCGUUUACAGGAUUCUGUUAAUGUUACUACCGAUCCAUGUAACAUCACAGUUCAUAUAGGUGGACGAGAACUUAUAAUACCUGAGAACACACCAUGGUUUACAAAGUGGAGAACAACAUUUUUACAGAUUCAAAACGUAUCAGAUCAUGAAUAUACUAGACAUUUUUUAGGAUGUAUAAUGGUAAUAAGCUCUUCUGAUGAAGAACAAGUUACAAAAUUAACACAACAAGUGCAACAAUCAAUUUUACCUAAUCAAAAUCAAUCACCUAAAUGGUUUCAUACUACAGUAUUGAGAUAUUAUGUUGUUUUACAUGAUGGUUUAGAUCCUGAUUUGAGCACAUCCAAUAAAAUUAUUGAAACCUUACAGUCAACAUAUGGACACAGUAGUUGCCAUCUUCUUAGAUUAAAUUCAUGUAAAGGUCCUAAAACCGAAUCAACGAAAGGUAUAUGGGAUUAUUUAAAUAAUUCAUUCAACUCAGAUGAUAGUACUGAAACUCAUGAUCAGAGUGGAGAAUUUGAGAAAAAUUUAAAUAUAGAUGGUUCUCUUAUGCAUCCAUUAAGUCCACAAGAGUAUAGCAAGAACUUGAAUGGUGAAUCAAAAAAAGAUAGUCAAAAAGUAUAUGGUGCUUAUUUAGAUGAAAAUGAUUAUAACAAUAUAAGAGAAUUGACUAAACAUUUUGUUUCAAGAUCAUUAAUACCUUAUAUUGAAUCUCAGAUACAAUCUUUAAGUGAAUCGGUAACAAACAAAAAAGGUGUAAGUCGGUCACUUUUGAGUGCUACCAAAAGAUGGUUUAGCACAAAUAAACCUACUGCAGCAACUCUUCCACCUACAGUAGUUUAUAAUAGUGAUUCACCAGAACUUCAAACCAGACGUUUAGCUGAUUUAUACAUGAUUUUGGGGGCUUGGUCUCUUGCUUUUCCAUUGUAUCAGAGUGCAAAAAGAGACUUUAGUGCAGACAAUGCGUGGUUAUUAUAUAGUGGUGCUGUUGAAAUGGCUGCAGUUUGUGCUUUAAUGUGUCCUGGUAUAUGUGAUAUAAAAAAAACCAUAGAAUAUGCUAAUGAAAGUGUAUUAACAUAUUUGAAUACUUGCAGGGCUCCACAAUUUGCCACAAGAGCUACAUUAUUGUUAUGUGAAUUACUUGUCAGUCGGGAAAUGUAUGGAGAAGCAGCAAAAAUGUUUAUUCAGAUGACAAAUGAAGACUCAGAUUUACGUAGUGCUUUAUUAUUAGAACAGGCUGCAUAUGCUUUUCUGAAAUCUCAAAAACCACCUAUGUUAAGGAAAUAUGCUUUUCAUAUGGUAUUGGCUGGCCAUCGAUACUCAAAAGCAUCACAAAGAAAACAAUCUCUAAGCUGUUACCAACAAGCAUAUCAGGUUUUUGAAGGUACUCAUUGGACGUUAGCAGAAGACCAUAUACAAACAGCUAUUGGUCGGCAGGCAACAUUUUUGAAACACAUUAAACAAGCCUCUGAAGCUUAUUCAAAAUUAUUGGCCAGAGCUUCAAGUCAACCACCAGAACAGCAAUCUGCUAUUCUGAGAGAUUAUUUGAAUAUUAAACUGGAAUAUGCAGCAGAAAAAAAUGAUUCUUCUAUCAUCAAUUUAGCUCUGCCUCUCAUAGAUCAGAAAAAAAUCAAAAUAUUAUUAAAUGCAGAUAGUAUUAUUACCAAAGAACAUUGUUUUGAUGAAGAUUUACUGGAUCCCAGGUGGUAUAAAAUGGAAGAAGAUUUAAUUACAGAAGCUCGAGGAAUACCUCCAUUAAUAUUCAAACCAACCUUUGCUUUUCAUGGUAGCAAUGAUACAAUUAAAAAUGUGUUGUAUGAAAAUGAAUUGGUACAAGUCCAAAUGUUAUUAUCAAAUCCAUUGAAUAUAUCAUUAUGCAUUGAAAACUUAUCAUUGACAUAUGCUUUUGAUGAAGGAAAAAUAUUGGUAGAACCACAAGUUUUAGAUGAAUUACUGUUAGCACCUUCUAGUACAACCCAAGUUAUUCUUGGUUUGAAAACUAGAAGUAUUGGGAUUUUAUCUAUAACUGGUAUUCAGUUUAGCCUAAUUAUUCCAUCUGUUAUGAGUGAUGACACAGUUAAACGAGUGAUAAAUGGUUGGCAAUGUUUUGAGACAUUAAGUUCUAUAAAAUUUAAUAUUCAGCCUCCAACUUCUUUAUUGAAGGUUGAUUUUGUUGGUAAUCAAGUGAAUACAUUGAUUGGUGAAAUGAAUGUUAUACAAUUGACAUUAGAAAAUAGUGGCCCAAUACCAUUGCAUAAAAUUUUUGUUUCAACUUCCAUUGAAGAUUCAUUUUUCUCUGAAUCCAAUCAUUCUUGUAAGAACAAAAAAGUUCGGAGUUUACCAUUUCAAAUGCUUCCAAAUUCAAAAAAUACAGUAGAAUUUUGUUUCAACAGUCCAGACAUGGAAUCUUUCACUCUUGACUUAUUAUUUUAUUAUGAAUCUCAACUUGAAACAAAAAAACUCGAGUACAGAUUAUGCAGAGCUAGCUGGAUUAUGACAGCAAAACCUUGUGUAAGGAUUUCUGCUUCAGCGUUACUCGCAAACCAAAAUAGUGAAACCCUUAAUCUUAAAACAACGGUUCAUAAUUUAUAUAAGGGAAAUGAUAUGGAGCAAGUAAAAUUAAAGCAAGUACUAUUAUACAGCUCAGAAUGGACUCUAUCUAAAAAGAUAUACCCUCAAGGAAGUUUACAAGAUUUAGAUCAACAACAGUCAUGUCAUUUAUUCUUACAAGCUUGUCGAAUAAAUGCAAAUGGUAUUUCUAAAAUUAAUUUUGAUAACGAACAAUUUGCACAAUCUGACAUGUGUGAGAAAUUUGUUUGUAUGACCAAAUCAUCAAAAGAAACUAAAAUGCCUAAGUUUGAUAGACAUAAAGUUCAAUCAAAAGUUAUGAAAUGUAUUGAUCUCGUUUUGGCAAUUUUAUGGCAGGUGGUAAUCAAAGAUCAUUCAAAUCAAUUGAGAAUUAUAUGUGGUAUUCACAGGGUUUCAUUGACUAAAUUAAAUGCAAGUGUUGCAUGGCCUGAAUUUGGAUGCUUAGAUUCAUCAAAAUAUAUUACUAAGCCUAUCAAUAGAUUAAAAAUAUUUGGACCUGAUCGAAAUAUACAUCCAUUUGAUGGGACUCCUUUACUCAAUGAUACAAUAGGAUUGUUAGAAUCGCCUAUGAAUCGGUUACUUAUUGUUGCUUUUUCACAUCCUAGUACUAUUACACAUUCAUUUGUUGACAAAAAAAUGUGUAUUGUGUCUGUACUGAUAAUACUUAAGAAUUGUGUUGAACAUGAAGUUGAAGUUAAAAUUGAAACAGAUACGGCUAGUUCAAAAUCAGACAUCGACAAUCAGCAUUUUUGUUGGAUUGGAAUGACAAACCCAAAGCCAUUUUUCUUGCCUGUGUUGGCCACACGCACUAUUAGACUAUAUGCUGCAGUUGCAUCUCAAGGCUGUUAUAAAACCACGUCUAAGCUUGACAUAUUAGCACGACCACAUGUGUCUACCCAACAUGCAUUCCUAACCCAAAUUAUUUCUUCUUCUUCUUUAUUAGUCAUUAAAGACCCUAAAUCUGAGGUAACUAGUUAAUUUUUGCUACUUCGCUUAGGUCUCAAUUUAUUAUAUAUUUUAUUUUUCAUAAAAGAAAAAAGUCAUAAAAAAAAACAUUAUACUU